AUGCAUUUUUUUCAAAGGGAUCUUGAAGAGGAAGUCUUUAUGAAGCUCCCACCUAGUCAUCCUCAAAGCAAUAAUCCUAAUUUGAAGCUUGCAAUCAAAGACCUAGGAGUCUUGAAGUACUUUCUUGGCAUUGAAAUGGCCACUUCACACAAAGGGUUAUUUUUAAAUCAACUCAAAUAUGUUCUUCAAGAGUCUGGCAUGCUUGACUCCAAACUUGCUCAUACUCCUUUAGACAACAAACUCAAGCUUGACAUGGAAGGUGAACCCCUCAACAACAUCAACUAUUAUCAGAGUUUGGUUGGUAAGCUUAUCUACUUAACCAUCAAUAGACCAGACAUCACAUAUGCAGUUAGCAUUGUGAGUCAAUUCAUGCAUUCUCCCACCAUGUUACACUUGAAUGUGGUUAAAAGAAUCUUGCGGUACCUUAAGGGGUCUGUUGGUCGCGGUAUACUCAUGAGAAAGAAUGAUAAUGUUCACAUCCUUGGACACACUGACGCUAAUUGGGCAGGGAACGUCUUGGAUCGAAAAUCAACCACAGGAUAUUGUACCUUUGUAUGA